AUGCCUGCGCCAAUACUAUGUUCGAAAUUUGAGUCAUCAAAUAGAUAUCUAGCAUCAGUAAUUCAGUCGUUGGAUACGCACCAAAUACAAGUUCAUUCCAUCAAUACAUCACAACAAUCAUUAAAUACGCUAUUCAAUUUAGAUAAAUCUAAUAAAGUAACGAAUAUAAAUUGGUACAAUACAACUGAUUCAAUACAUUCUAUAGCAGUUUGUUUAACUAGAGGAACAAUACUUAUAUAUUCACCACAUUCAAAUGGAAUAAUUGCAGAGUUAAAUACAACUUCAAAUGUGUCAGUAUUUGAUUUUCAUUUUUCAAAAUUCACUUCAACUGGUUGGUCUUGUGACGUAGAAGGUAACGUGUAUGAAUGGGAUAUGGUGUCAUAUAAAUUAUUACAACAAUUCAAAAUUGGAAAUUUUAUUGAAAGUGUAGAAUCAAUCUAUCAAAUAUCAAGUUGUAUUUAUGAACAAGAACCACAUUUAUUAUUAGGUGCAAAUUCAAUAUACCUUUUCAAUAUUAAGACCAAACAAAUAGAGAAAACGUUUCCUGGACAUAUUCAACCAAUAAGUAGUAUCAUAACCUUAGGUGAUUUAUUUUUAACAAGUGCAAAGGGAGAUAGAUUUAUAAAUUUGUACCAAUUAAACAAAAUCACUGCAAAAGCCAUAUUUGUUGCUCAAGCAUCUGUUAUAAGUAUAAGUAUAGGGAUCAAAGAAGAAAACCAAUCAGUGCUAACAGCAAUUAAUGAGAACGGAAAUAUAGAGGUAUUCAACGAUCCAUUAGCCUCACAACAACCAUCAACUCCAACCCCCAAAAAGAAAAGAAGACAAGUCGGAACUAGUUCACGUUCAUCAAAUUCAAUUGUAAAUAUAUCCAGAUCAAAAAACGAGAUCAAAAAUCCACAAGAUUCAAAUUUGUUUGUCAAUGCAGCAACAAUACAAGAUGAAAAUAUAUUAUUCACCUGGCUAGAGAAUGCGACUAUUCCGUUUUUUGAUACCAUAAGAUGGAUUGACGCGGGACAUUAUUUAAUAGACUCAAACAAAACCAUUUACAAAAACAAAGCAGACCUAAAAGCAAACAAAGAAUCAACUACAUAUGGACAUGAUAUAGCUUCAUCAAAAUUAUAUAAUGCAAGUCAUGCAAUAGUACAAGAUGGAACAAACAUAAAAGACUUGGAGACUGAAGAUUCAGAUCAAGAAGAAGAAACAAUAGCUGAGAAAUUAGAAAAAUUAGCAAUGGGUAAGAAUAGUCAAAGUAAAAGAAAAUUACAAGAUAAUAGAAAUGGUAUAUCACUAUCAGUUAUACUUGCACAAUCGUUACAAAAUAAUGAUCAUACAUUAUUAGAAACUGUUUUACAAAACAGGGAUCCUCAAACAAUACAAAAUACUAUAAGUAGAUUAAAUCCAUAUUUAUCAGUGUUAUUAUUAGAUAGAUUAAGUGAAAAAAUUCAGAGACAAGCAUCAAGAUUUAAUCAAUUAAAUUAUUGGUUGAAAUGGAUAUUGGUAAUCCAUGGCUCAGUUAUUGCUAGUUUACCAAAUUUAAACUCAAAAUUAUUUGCAUUACAUUCAGUAUUGAGUAAAAAAGCUGACACAUUACCGAAACUUUUGGAAUUACAAGGUAGAAUCAAUUUACUAUAUGAUCAAACGAAUUUAAAAGAUGAUAUUUUGUCCAAAGAAGUAGAAGAAGAAGUUGAAGAAGAUAGUGAUGUGGAAUAUAUAGAAGAUUUUGAUGAUGCUCAAUUUAAUGGUGAUAUGGAGAUAGAUAUAGAUGAAGACGAAAUACCUAAUGAGGACAAAGAAGAAGACGAAGAAUCUGAUAUUCAGUCUGACGAUGAUGAAGAUAUUCCUGAUAUAGAUGAUUUACAACAGAAUAGUGAUGUAGAAGUAGAUUAA